AUGUCCACCGAAAACACCACCUCCUCUCAUACUGAAUUGGUCAGAGCAUUGGAGCUCGUAUCUGUCGAAGCCAGUAAUAUUACCAAUGUCAACUUGUAUCCGGGAUGUGCAGAAAUUACACGUGUCUAUCGGUUUGGCGUGCAGAAGGGACAGAACCUCGUGAAUAUUCGCGAACUUCCUUGGACGAUGGAAUUGGAGUCUUUGAGAGUCAAAAGUCACCUGGGCUCAACGAAGAUAAACAAUGUAACGGUGGACCGGAUGUUAGGAUUUUCACCACCGAAACCUCUUGCUCUAGUCACGGCUCAACGUAGAAAAAACAUUGUCGAGAAGCAGCUGGAUAGGGUAAAGAAAACCUCACUCGCUCUGGAUUGCUAUACUGGAACUUUCAGAGCAUCGGAUUGUAGCAUCAACAGUUUUGAGGAUAUUCUGAAGAGAAUUCGGUCCUCAGGAGAAAUGUUGGAUGAAGAGAUUCUUGGUCUAGAAGAUGAACUGCGUACCUUGAACGAAGAGAUACAGCUUGAACUUGAGAGGCAUGAGGCUGUCUCGGAUGGGCAGAAACCCUUCAAAGCAACAAUUUCGAUGCUAGUAGAGGAUGCAUGUGACAUGGAAUUAAGGCUGGUUUACACCGUGAACCACGCUAAAUGGACACCCGCGUACGAUAUGCACGUCAAUUUGAAGGCUCUCAACUCGCCUGUUUCUCUCACGUACAAGGCCAUGAUAACACAAAACACUGGCGAGAAUUGGACCAAUGUUCCUCUGACAUUGAGAACUAUGUCUCCCUCGACCGAAAUCGACCUACCUAUCCUAGAGUCCUGGCCGCUGACCUUGACCUUACCCGAACAUCAAUCUUCCCCACUGACCAGUCGGAAGAGGCGGCGAGAAUCAACAGGCGGGACACCCGCCAGAAAGUCCGGGACUUACGAUAAAAGGAACGUGGCCUAUGAGGAAGAGAGUUCGGAAGAAGCAGAAGAAGGGGUCGUUGGUGCGGAAUCUGGGAGCCUAAUGGAUGCAAACACUAAUGGUGACGAGGGAGACGGAAACAUUGACACGCUGGGUUUUCCCGAGGGUAACGUUAGUGUGACCUUCAAAAUUCCCGGAGGAGCCACAAUUAUCUCGAAUAAUGCUGUUCAUCAAGCUCUCAUUGCGGACCUGAAGCUAGAAGCGAGAUUGGAGUGGAGCUCGAUUCCCAAAGGAGAUUCCACUGCACUUGUGAAGGCACAGCUACGGAACACCUCGGAAUACCCUUUGCUUCCCAGCACCGCAAAUGUGUACGUUGAUGAUGCCCUCCAUGCAAGGUCCGGGAUACCUGGUGUACCGCCAACGAGUACAUUCGAAUGCACGCUUGGGCUCGAUCCUUCGUUGCGAAUUACAUACCACCCAGCUGUUAAACAUAGUUCAACCACCGGGUUCUACAACAAAUCACGGGCCUAUAACCACAUUCAACGUAUCACGAUCCAUAAUAUGAAGCACCUGCCCCUGAAGAAUCUCAAGAUUUUUGAUCAUAUGCCUAUACCAGAAAAUCCGCAAGUGUCUGUCAAAUUAAUCAACCCUGCCCUCAGACUUCCCGGACCGGGGAUGGAAUCUGGCAACAAAGCCAUACCUUCAGUGAAGGUGUCCGAAGGCGUCGUUGCUCAAUGGGCUGGAUCUGAUGAGCCUGAUGCAGACGUGCGCAACUUGGGAAAGGACGGCAAGAUUUCCUGGUUGUGUGAUCUUCCUGCACAAGGAACAAUAGAACUAGUUCUGCAAUGGGAGGUAUUAACCCCUCCGGAUGCUCAAAUUGUUGGUUUAUACUGA